AUGGAAUCAAAAAGAGAAGGGAAGGACAAGUUCUUUAUAGUGACAUGGGGGAAGGCGAGAAAUGGCUUCGCCAGAGGAUGUAUCGGCCAUGUGGAGGCAGAGAUGCAGAAGGGAGAGCUGAUGGGACUGUUGUACGGAGGUGGCAGCAGUGGGAACCCUAAGUGCAGGGGCAUGGUGAAGAUGGAGGACACGUACCCCCUCACCUGCCACCAGGCCCAGGCUCUUCGUAUCCCCCUCCAGCAAAUGCCUGGAGCUCCUGUGUAACCCCCAGCUUUUUCGGCUAUCUGUGUGCUGUCUCAGGAUGACCUGGUGGUAGUUAAGCACAAGAAGGGUCACCAGCCAGGGCUGGUUAGGAACCUAAUGCUGAUCGGCAAGAAGGAGAACCAAGGGGACCUGCUGAUGCUGGGCUUUGAGGUUGAGUUUGUGGUGAGUAUGCAACUUAUAUAAAUCUGGUAUGCAAGUCCAUAUCAGCAUAGACACUGCCAUAGAGAAAGUGGAAUGGCUUUCACCAUUUUGUCCAAUGUAUAAGCAAAUAAUCAGGAAUUAUUACUGUCUUUGAUCCUCUCAUUGAUAAAAAUGUAGCCUAAUGAUUCCACAGUAUGGCAGACACUGUGAACUGUACGUGUCAAGUACACCUGAACCUCUCAUUGAUUUACAUGAGUUUAAGGAAGUGAAAGCAGGAGACAAGAAUGUCUCUCUCAAGUGUCGAUCACACCGACAGCGUCAUUGCAUUUUGGUACACCAGAAGUACAUUAAUUUCCAAUGGAACGCUGCGUUUGCCUUGCAGCAUUACGUUGCAGAGGCAGGUGCAGUGUGUUCUGUGUGGUGCAUAUGUUCGAUUUAUCAAACUUAUGCGUCAAACUGUAUGCGUAGACAGCUUGACAGAAUGGUAGCAGAAGGUGAAUGUUGAACUUUUGUUGCACACAUAUCCAGAUGAUGCUGCGUACCAUUUUGCGCAACGACGCUGUAGGUGUGAUCGAGGCAUCAGGGGAAGAUCCAUAAUGUUAUAGGAUUAGUUACAGCACAUAACUUUUACGUAACAUCUGAAACGUAAUAACACUGAGCAAUUUGCAGUUGCUCGAAUGCAGUUUGUUGUAUUUCUGGCUUGCCAGUAAAAACUCUCAGCACAGCUACUGUAUUGGGAUUGUGUUUACGUCAUCUAAUUGUCCUGUUUCCUUUCAAUUUCAGCAGGACUCUAAUCAAACAGUGUCGUCCAAGAAGCCUGCCCCUCUUCCCCUGUUCAGUGCAGCAGACAUUGUCCAGGUUGUCCCAGCGUACUCUGUAGGCCUUGGCCCUCGCUGGAAAGACAGUCAUUCAAAGGGUCAGGACUGUAUGUUUACUUGCUAGUGUUCAAUCCCCAUGCAUUCUCAUUGAUCAGUAAGCAAGCACAUAUGCCUACAUGCAUUUAUUUACAAAAUAUGACACAUUUACCUGGCUUUUCUAGUCUUUAAACCCAUUACAUACUUUACUUGUUUUCUUUUAAGAAGCACAGCAAUGGUGCCAGGAAAAUAAUAUCAGCUUUCAGAACCCAGUAGCUUGGGGGUCUCAUUUCAAACUUGCUUCACAAAGACAGAAUUCUUUGAAUGGUUAUCAUCACUUUAGGACUUGCUGCGCAUUGGUGCGCCUGCAAGCAAAAUACCCCUCCACCCCGCCUCCCCCUUAUCAGAAAGAAAUGCUAAAAUAUAAAUGCUAAACGUUAUUGGAUGGCAAUGAGCAGCACCUGUGGCUAGACAGUGGGCAAAGUGCGGUUCUUUGUACAGAACUGGUCAAACUGGCCCAGGUGCUCUGGAAUGUAGCAGCAGAGAUCCAUCACAUGCUCUGGAAUCUGUGUACAUUGCAUGCUCUGAGCUCUCUGCAUACCUCUUAUGGAGAUAGACAUGUUUACCACAGGUCAGUCUCAUGACAUUGGUCUUGUGACAAGGACAGAAACUAUGUGAUCUGUCAUUCUUACCCCUCCUCUUCAACUUCUUCUCCCCCCAGGUCUAAACAGAAAGGUGGUGUUACGUAUCAACUCCAUGCCUAAUAUGGGAUCUCGUGGGCGACAAGUGAGCGAUAUAAACCACGUAGACCAGAAUGUCACCCCAACCGAAACCCUGUCAAGCCACCCUUUUCAUGUGGGUUCCCUCGUGGAGGUAACGUCCAACACUGGGAUCACUGUAUAUGGGGUAAUCCAGUGGAUGGGCGUCUUUUCAGAAAAUAAAAACGACUGGGCCGGAAUUGAGCUGGUGAGUGUAAGAUGUGAACUGUAUAAGCAAUGUUAUUGAGCUUGCCUAUUAUUCUCCUCUGAGAUUUCAAUAUCUCAAUCAGAUUUGAUUCCUCAGCAUUAUGCUUUUGCCAUCAGGAUUAUGAGGUGAAUAAUUGCUCAGACGGGAUGUAUGGAGGUCAGCGGUAUUUCACUUGUAAAGGGGGCAGAGCCUUGUUUGUGCCCCUAACAAAGUGCAGUCCAGAUGGAAGGUUCCUAUGUCCCCCCUCUGAAAAGGAGACCCUCAAAGCCACAGAUAUCCCCCCAGGUUAGACACAUUUUACACUUUACAUUUUAGUCAUUUAGCAGACACUCUUAUCCAGAGCGACUUACAGUCAGUGAGUGCAUACAUUAAUUUUUUAUUUUAUUUUAUUUUUAUACACCACUCGUAUAGGUCCUUCCUAACACAUGCAUAAACAGUGUAGAUAAUCUCAGGUUAUGCCAUUGUAAUAAUAGCCUUAUAAGCAUUGGUUUGCAGACCACACCUCAAACCAAACCAAAAUGAAUCAAACACCACCAAUGAGCAGAUAUAAAACAUUCAUCAGUUGUAUUUCUGUUAUGUAAGUGGUACUUCAUGUUUUUGUAUGGUUUGCAUCAGUCACUCCAUUGGAGGAAACCGAUGAGAAUGUCCCUCCUAUCCCUGAGUCGGAAGGCUUGUCUUUGCUUGUGGGCAAGAUGAAGGGGAUCCAGGGGCACUACAACUCAUGCUACCUCGAUGCCACUCUCUUCAGGUAAACUUACUUCAUCUAGCUCAGUGUUCCUAACACAUAGUUGUAUGACAGUUUGACACGGUUGGGCAUAAUUUUUUGUUGAGCCCAGUUUCUUGUAAGAAUGACUUAAUGCUGCGCCAGGACCACUGCCAAGCUAACAAAGGUAAUACAUCUCUCCACAGUCUGUUCAGCUCAUCCAUGACCCUGGACAGUGUUUGCCACAAACAAGCUGACACAGAACAGAGCAUAUCACACACUCUGAGGAAAGACAUCGUCAACUGUUUGCGCCGGUAUAAACAUUGUCUGUACUUUCAGUUUUCUAGAUCCUCUUGACCCUCAGGCAGGCCUGUAUUAUCAACUGCUCUUCAAAAUAAGGACGUUAUGACAUUGUAAUUCACCCAGACUGAAGAGCAUGUCUUGAUUACUCUGGCACAUUGGUAGUGAAUGUUCAGGUCCAGUAUAUGCACUUUAUAUGAAUGUGCAUUUCCAUGUGUUGUGUGACAGUGUGUUGUGUGUAUUGCCGUGUGGCCACUGAGAGUGACAUCAGUGUGUGUAAUCCCCAGACAAGGUUUUGUGCCUGCUGAGAGCGUAAUGAACUUCCGCAAGCAGCUCGGCUGUGACACCUUUGUAACAGAAGAGAAAGGUACUCUCACAUACUUAUCAUAGUGUUGUCUCUAUGGGUCUCUUAACAGAAAUGUGAUACCAGCCAAGGCAAUUGAUGUCUAAAUUAUCAUUUUUAAAUGGCUGCAGUGUCUUUCUCCUAAAUGGUGUUAUCCUGCCUCCCUGCAGACCCUGAAGAGUUCAUCACAAUCCUUCUACUGGGUGCUGUGCAUGGAGCCAUUGCUUAAACUCAGGUUUGAACCAGUUCACCUUUCACCUUUCUCUGCUGCUCUAUUUGACCUCCUGACCCAUAUCUUUCUCUUUCUUGCAGGUUAUGCUGUAGGCUACUUAUUGCUCCUUGCUUCCCCUCCUCACACUGCUUAUCUCCAUUCUAAUGGUCUGGGCUUCUCUCUGAGUUUCUGUUUGGUCACUCUGCCAUGAUUGAGUUGCUUAGCUUGAUUGUUCUCUGGGUCUCAGGUCGAAUAACGACACAUCUCAGGAUGCCUACACAUUCCAGAUUAUUCUGGAUAAGGAGCAGGUGACACAGACUCCCACUGUUCAGCAGCUGCUGGAUACCUCCUUCCUGUCUUGUGGCCUCAGGUUUGAGGAGGUGGGUGGUACUGUGCAAGGUUGUCUAAGGAGCAAUGUUUACGAGGCCUUGUAGACCGCCCACGUUUUGUUUGGAAGGCAAUCCCUUUGCUCUAAUGUUUAAUGUCUCUAAAAUGUCCCUCAGAUCCCAUCCUGUCUCAUGGUCCAGAUGCCAAGGUUUGGGAAAAAGUACAAGAUGUUCCCCCACAUCAUCCCCACGACAGAGCUUGACAUCACAGAUCUUCUAUACAACUUUGAGUUACACCAUCAGUCAAUGUAAUGAAGACUGACAGAGUGUUUUUGCAAAACGCUGGUCACACGUCAGCCACGUAUGUAACUAUGAAUAAAAGGCCAUACAGUAACUCCCUAAGCAUAGCUUGCCAUAGUAAACUGUCUUCAGGUUGAGUGACAGCUUUCCACCUUCCUUCUCCCAUCAGCCCCCCGUGAGUGCUUCCUCUGUGGGCGUUUGGCAGAGUAUGAGUGCCCCCAGUGCCUACAGGACCGCAAGCUCCAGCCAGGAAUAAUUAAACAGUACUGCACUACUUGCAAGACACAGGUAGACACCAUUAAGCAGCAUGACUGUUUGAGUUACAGCUUUUCUACCUGCAAGUGUAUUGAUUUCCUCUUCUUUAUCUUACUGAAUCUCCCUCUCUACUUUCCCUCUUCCCCACCUCCCUUUCCUCUCUAUCUCCACUUCUCCCUUUGUGACAGGUGCACACUCAUCCCUCUCGGAAGGGCCACUGCCCUAGAGCCCUGGCAGUGCCAGCGGAGGUUCCGGCAGAUGCCCCUUUACCCAGGCACAUGAUGCAGUUGUUCGCUGUGCUCUGUAUCCACACCAGCCACUAUGUGUCCUUUGUGAAGUAUGGCCCUGGCCCUCGCUCCUGGCUCUUCUUCGACAGUAUGGCAGACAGAUGUGGUGAGAACACAGCGUUCUCACAACAGUGCUAA